UUUGAUCAUUUUAUAUCAUUAGAUUAAUUGCAGACAGAUUGAGAUUUAUGGUAAUAACUGAGAUUUAUAAUAAUAGGCUAUUCUUUUAUUAUUAUGGGUCAAGCACAAAGUGAUCCAACAGUUUCCACAAACCCUACAAAUACAGCCAAGACUGAACGUGAGGGUGGAAGAGGAAAGAAGAAGUCCAGUGUGGCCCAGCGGUUUCUGGGCCUGGUGUCUCUGUUAUCUUCCAUAAGAAGCAAAAAGAACCGUGUUCAUCCAUUCACUUCAUCUCAGGACACCUUGAGUGGUGAUGGAAGCAUUGGCAAUGGACCUUCUGGUGUGAGUGAGAAGAGCCUGUCCACUUGUCAACCAAAUGGUCUUUUCGAACCAACCCUGAACUACUGGUCCCAGACCCCUUGCUUGUCGACUGAGAUGGACUUGAAUGGAUCUGUGUUGACGAAUAUCAACUCCGUGGACAGUUACAGAGCAAACACAACGUCCCCGGCCUUCCUGACGCAGCCUCCCCAGAACAUGGAUCUUUCUGGAAUGUGUUGGCUGAACGCAAACAUGUCGCCGACCCUGAAUGCCGAACAGGACCUCACGAAAGGUUUCAGAAAGCCCACUAACAACAUUCACUACACUGACGAAGAGGAUGAUAUCUCUUAUAUUGAGGAUGUAAUUGAACCCAUUUUUGAAGCAAACAAACUACUGAAUGAUAUGUAUGAAGAUGGAUCGUUGAACAAUUCUUAAAUCUUGUAGUAAAAUUAUUUAGCCUACUA